AUGAGUGAAGCGGCCGCAAGACAGCAGCAGCGGCUGAGCGAUGCACAAAAGUUCAUUGAAAAGUGGUGCCAGCCGGGCGCAUUGACACUGCCGGAUGUGAAGGCACGAUUGCCGCCACGAGAAGCCCCGUAUGAAGAGCAUACACAGCCAGACGAUGCAUGGACUGGCUUUAGUGUCCAACGCCGACUUCCCAUACCCAGCAUUGUCUUUGAGACCAUUACAAGUCGUGCGCCGGUUGCGACGCUGGCCUUGUUCCCAGACAUAUCACGCGCGUGCAUUACGGUGGAAAAUCGUCUGUAUUUGUGGGAUUAUGCCAAUGGCCAAAGCGCGUUUGAGUACCAUGAGCUGCCAAGCGAUGACUUGAUCUUAGCUGUCGGCCUGGUCCGCGUGCGUCCAGGUGUCUUUAUUGAUGGCAUUAAGCAUGUGUUGGUGCUGUCCGUUGGCCCCACGGCUGUCGAAGGUCGGCGCGUCACCCUUUUGGGCGUGGAACUCCUGAACUCACAACAGCAACAGCAGCAGCAUCAGCAGCAGCAGCCACAAUCACAACAACAACAACAACAACAAACCUACUCUAGUUCUAUCCCUGGUGCACCUACAACGCCUCACGCUAGUGGUUCAGGGAUCAAGCUUUACGAGACAGGCAUGAGCGCCGCUACCAAUGGCAUCGUCAUGCGUGCCAUUCACGGCACCGACAGCGGGCGCGUAUUCUGUGUAGGAAGUGAUCAGUGUGUGCAUGAGCUUGUGUACCAAGCGCAGGAGGGCUGGUUCCGUUCGCGCUGUUACUUGUACAACAUGACGCAGCCACACUUGGCGAACCUGCUUCCGUCGUUCUUCAAGACAGACAAGAAGGUGUCGAUGAUUUCUAUCGACAAUGCGCGCCAACUUCUGUACGUGCUGCGUGACGGCGAUCAGAUCGACGUGUAUACGUUGGGCUCGAAAGAUGCCUCUCGCGCACCAUCUCAUAACGGCAGCAUGCGGGGCCUCUUGCAUUCGCAGCAGCAUGUAGGCCCUAUUGUGUGGCUCGGUCCCACGGAGCCAGAUCCUCGUUCAAGCGUAUGCCUGGUUGCCGUGACGGAGCGUGGCUACCGCCUGUAUUUGGACGAUUUCCAGCGCCGUUCCUGGGCUCAGCUUGCACUGCGGAUUCCUCCCGGCUCGUCCCAUGCGCGGUCCUUGCCGACGGUGCAAGCGGCACCGAAUCUUGCGAUGCUGUACACGGGGCAGGGCCCAGGACACCCGCAGCUGUUCACAAGCACGGCGUCGUCUAGCACAGGCGCUGCGCCAGCGGCUGCCUCUGUGCCAAUGGCGCAGCGAGCGACGUCCGCCCUGUACGUGAAUGGCGUGUUCCUCUGUGCCUUUGCAGCAUCCCACACCAUGGGUGCCCACCUGUAUGCCAUGGGACCGUCUUCCCCGGCCACAAGCGCGACACUGACAUACGCAUCUGGUGUGAAUCCGGCAUGGCAAGAAGGCGCAACGCUCAUCCAUCUCGGUGCCGGCGGCACAGCGCCAGUGCUCGCCGAAGCAAAAGUGCCCGCAUCCCAAUCUGUGCUGAUGCACGGCGCCGUGUGCCGUCCAUGUGCAGCGCAGACGACCAUGCCGCCCCGUGUGUUCCUCGUCCUCGAUGCGAAUGGACUUACAGAGCUGGUCGAACGGCGCCCCGCCGACGUGCUUGCCGACCUGCUUGGCAGCGCAGCCAGCGCCGCUGCCUCAGUCUCAUCGGCGCCUGCGAUUGUCGACUUUUUCAGUCGGCACGGCCCCGUUGAAGCCUGCAUGUGUGCAUUGGCACUGGCCGCGCAGAACCCGUGCGUGGUGCCUCGGCACCAUGCGCGGGACGACAUGGCGCAUGCGAUCCGCGUGUUCUUCGGUCCGCUGGGAGCGUGGCCUGCUGAGCAGCGUGCGCUGGCGUGCUAUAUGGCAUGCCUCGUCCGCAGUGUAUGGAGAGAGCCCCUUGUGCCAGCGAGCUACAUCGAUGGCCGGGAGCCGGCAUCGGCAGCAGCGUCGCCGCCCCCCAUCGUCGGGAGUGGCCGACUGGCGGCUGUUCUCGCACAGAUGACACCCCUCUAUGCCUUCAUGCAGCGACACACGCAGCUCUUUGACGACGAGCGCUCCGAGCGCCAGGACGUCCAGAAGUGGCAUCUUCUGCUGCAGCGCAUGAUGGAGGCGUGCCACUUCGUCCUGUUCCUCGCCGACCACCAGCUGCGGACCCUUGCGAAGGCGCUUCCCGAUGACGUGCAGAAGCGCCUCACAAACCUCACGUUCGCUGAGCUCGUCGCCAGUGAGCAGGGCCGUAGCGUCGCGCAGGAGCUUGUGACAGCAUUGAUCGAGUCGCAGAGCGGCGCGCGGGCGAGUGUCGAUGCUAUUGCCGAGGCACUCCAAGCGCGGUGUGCCGGCUUCUGCAGUGCAGACGACGUGCGGCAGUACAAGGCGUCUGAAUGCCUGCGCAACGCGACGGAGCUCUAUGCACGACUUUGCGCCGAGAGCGCGACAACAUUCGAUGCGGUCGAUGAGGAAUUGGCACAGAGCCUGCGCUUGCUUUUGCCGGGCGCUGCCCAUCUUCCCUGGGACAAGCUUUCGCAUGUUUGCUCGACGUACGAGCAGCUUGGCUACGUGAGCGGCGUCGUCACCCUUGCACUAGCAUGCGCGCGAGCAGCUGAUCCAGCCGAUGCGGCCGUCUCGUUCCGCGCAGACGGAUGCCCACCGGACGAGCCGACGUCCCACCGCUAUGCCAUGUACACCCUUCGCCGUCGGAUGUAUGCGCUUGUCCUACGUGCCAUGGAAACGGUCGAGGAUGGUGGUGGUGGUGGUGGCAGCAACAGCAGCAGCAGCAGGUAUGCCAAUGAUGCAGGUACAGUCACAUCGUCGAAGCUCUUGCUAGCACGUCCCACUGCCCACAAAGAUGCCAUGAGCCUCGCCCUGGCUAGUGAUGAUGCGCUCUUCCACGAAGAACUGUACACAUACCUGAUUGCCAAGGGCCGCACGGCUGACUUGCUCAGCUGCACGACGCCCUUCCUUGCCGACUUUUUGCUGGGCACACCUGUUCUUCUGGACGGCCAGUCUCUAGAGACGUACGAGCGUCGCCUUCGAGAUCUGCUGUGGCAGUUGUAUGUGCGUCAGGGUCAGUACCUUGCCGCUGCUGAGACACUCGACGCCCUCGCGCACACGGACAUGUACCCGCUGCACCUGCACGAGCGGAUCGAGUACCUUGCCUUGGCGGUGGGCAAUGCCAAGUCGGUGCGUCCGUCCGAGGCAGCGGCCCAUGUGCAAGAUCUCGUGGGCUUCUGCACACAGGUGGAAGAAGAUCUGGAAGUCGCUCAGGUGCAAGCGAAGAUCCUCAGUGCCUUGCCGCGACUCGACACCCUCGACUGCGAGCCAGAAGAGCGUGCGCAACUGACGGCAUCAGCAGCACAACUGGAUCGCUCCCUCAUGGACAUUACGUCGCUGUACAAGGAGAUCGCCGAGCCAUUUGGCCUCUUGGAAGAACAGCUUUUGAUCCUCCACACAGCUCAGUACCAAGAUGCUGACCUGGUGGCGCAACUGUGGGAAGCACUCAUUGCCCGCGAGCACAACGCCAGCUCGCCUACGCAAGCACAUCGCGCUGUCGCCGCUUUGGUCACUGACGUGUAUGUGCGUCUCAAUGGCUCGCCCAUCGCCUGCGCACUGGACAUUGUGCUCGUCCUGCUCGAGCGGUAUGCAUACGACACGUACAUCGCCUCUCAGGGCGACAUGCCGCUGGGAUCCGCUCUGGACUGGCAUGCAUUUGCUACAGUCACACGCGCAACAUCCUCGGUAGCGGCAGCGGCGGCGUCGCCGUCGCCGUCGUCAACGUCACCCGCUGCGACGGACGGUCCCUCGACCGCAAAAGGAUUGAUCCCGCCUGGUUGGGCACCGCGUGUGCUUCUCGAGGCUGGUGCUCCGCCCGAUGCCCUUUUCCAUGUGCUCCAAGGUCUGUUGUCCAUGGCACCUGCACCAUGGAACACGAAUCGCGGCGUUGGGUUCCUGCUACCCGACGUGGCCGAGUUCUGUGAGGCAUGGCUUCGUCGCACAGAUCAGAACAAGUAUACGCUCUUCCCCGCACACCAAAUUGAGCAGGUCCUGAGUGACGCACUUCUCCAGCUUCAUUCACGGCGGUAUACACGGUCUGACGAGGCGUUGGAUGCACGGAUCGAGCAGAUCCAAGCGCUUGUGCAUCGUGUGCGCCGUUCUUUUUAG